GUCACUAUCAAACUGUCAACAAAGUAAAGGUGUAAUGCAGUGGAGGAAGAUAUUAUAAAAUUGAAAUCACAAUAAAAGUCAGUGUACGGUUUAAGCAGUGUAAUUAAUUCCCAAAUAAUGUCAAUCUACUGGUUACUAAACAAGAAACCAGUAACAGUCUUCGCGGAUUUCAUCCGUAAUGCCAGUAAAAAGACAGGAGGCAGUACUAAGAAUACAAACUGUAAAGUAAGGCCAAAGCACAGAGGUUGGAAAGUGCAGGAUGGUCACAUAGUACCAGCUGGAAAAAUUUUAGCUACCCAAAGAACUACAAGAUUCCAUCCAGGUUUAAAUGUUGGGUUUGGACGUAAUGGAACAUUAUUUGCUAUGGAAGCGGGGAAGGUGAUUGUAACAUGUGAGAAGUUUGACCCAAACUGGGAUCAUACAUGGGUGCAGCGGAAUUAUGGUGGUAGAACUAAUCAGAAUAUAUUCAAAAAAUACUAUAAUGUCAUACCUGAGCCACAACAUAACAGAUUCAAAUUGAUUGACGAAAUUUAAUCUAUUUUUAGUAUUUAGUUGUUAGUAAAAUAAAUUAGUAAUAGUUA